UAUUGCUUCUUCUGGAAGGAACUUUAAUCAGAAAGUAAGAAUGUAAGCCUACAGUUGAUUUAGCCGACACACUAUUUCAUAACUUGAACCCAAUGAAAAGACCAAGAAAUCAUUCAAAAAGGGGAGAAUAAUGACGAUAAACCUAUGCACUAGCAGUAGGGCUCAUUUUCGGGAAGGCCUAGUGAAAUUUGUCUAUAGAAAGAAGGCAAUAUUUUAGACCUUAGACAAGCAUGUUAUCACAACAUUUUGAAAAGGAACUGAUUACGUAUUGUAUUAUUUUAGCAGAGAGGUUGAAAAUUUCAAAAACAAAAUCCUCUGUAUGGAAAAAUUGAAUAAAAAUAGUGCUAAUGUAGGGCAUCCUUGCAGAUAAUUCUUUUGCUAACCAUACUCUCUCUUGAUAUUAUUAUGUUUUAAAUAUUAGCCUGAAAAUCCAAUAUCACCACUCUAAAUUCAAGAGAUUACAAACGAAAGCGAAGAUGAUUCAUCAAGAGGUAUCCCCAUUGGUGAACAUCAACAAUAUUGUACACAUUUUUAUGAAGAAAGUUUUUACAUAUUCAUAUAUAUUAGAAAGAAACUUUUGGAGAAUAUCGGUGAAUACCUUACAAUGUAUUCAUAUCUUCUCUUCCAUCUACUUUCUCUAGAGCUUAUUAAGAGAAGCUAUAAAUCUAGGAGUCAUUUAAACUUUAAAUAGCUCCUCUUCCGGGCUCCUUACAACAAUCAAAGAGUUUAUAUUUUCUAAACAUAAGAAUAUUUCAAACUUUGAUGUAAAUUUCAAGGAAAUAAUUUGAUAGAUUCAUGAGUCAUAAAAACUUGGCAUUCGAUUUAGCAUCCAGAAGAGUUUUCCACUUCGUCUCAAGACUUUGAUUGGUAAUAAUUUAUAGCAACUUUCGCUUGCUUUGUCUUCUCUAGAUCAACCAGCUCAAGAGUUUCUAAAUGAACUUGGGAAAUACUUUCUAUGUAAAAUUCAAUGAUCACUAAAUUUCCAAAAGCUUUUGUUUCUUGCUUAACCCCCGAAAUAGACCAGAAACUACCUGAUUUGGCAGUUUAGGUUGUUCAAAAGCACCUCUGCUUUUUACAACGUUUAGGAGCCAUGCCAUAUAUGGUUUCGACAUAAUAUGAACAUUUCAGCACUGAACACACUCCUUUGUCUCCUUUUGUAUAUUUCUUUAUCUAUUAGAAGCCGAUAUUUAUGAAGAAACAAAGGAUCUUUAGUACAAUUAUUAAUUUGAUAACGCCGUAAAGCCAUCUGGAGUCAGAAAAUAUCCGAACUGAGUUUUCAUUAGAAACUGUAGAAAAUAUCUAUGAAAUAGUAAAAUCUGGUAAAGAUCCUAACACCAAAUUUCUACCAAAAUUUAAAGUCUUAGUUGUUCCUUCAAUCUUCUUUGGUUGAAGUUAUCUCGACUCUCAUUAUCAAGAAUUAAAAUAAUGUUUCUUCUUAGAAAGAAUGUGGAUAUCACUAUGCUGAACAUUUUGGAUCUUUGAGCAUUAUUUCAUAGCUUUUAUUCACUAUUUAAAAUCAGCUGGAAGAGCUCUUUUAAUGCUUCUCAAGAAUCAGUUCAAUGAUGCAUAAAUUUAUUGAAAGAUGUUGAAUCAUACUUGAGAUAAUUUCUGAACUUUUCAUACCAAUUAGAUUCUAAAACUAAAAGAUAAUAAUCCAUUAUUAUACCAGCCUAUGCGGAGAUUUUCCUAUAAAAUCCAUAUAAGCAAUGACUUCAUAUUUUACCUUUAAAUCCUCUUAAUUUCCUUUUGAAGUCAUGUCAUUUAAUAAGCUCUAUGAGUAU